UUUCAGAGCUGUAUAAAGGACCAUUUUAGCCCAGUCCUUCUCAGUCCCUCACCUUCAAUUCCAGAUCCUUCUCUCCGUAGCCAAAGAAGCUUUGCUGAAACUCCAGAAAGAUGUGCUCUCACAGGUCCUGCCAUGACCACAGGUCUUCCUGCCACGAAUCCUACUCCUCCUGCCAUGACUCGUGGCCCUCCUGUCAUUACACCACCCAGAGGCAGCCUAUGCAGAAGUUCUCCUAUCCGAGCCCCUGCUGCCCUCCCGUACAGAUCUAUUGCCCCCCUGUGCAGCCCUGCUUCCCCCCCAUGCAGCGUUAUUGCCCUCCGGUCCCCUGCUGCUCCCAGCACUCCAAGAACAUCUGCAAGCUGCCACCAAAAUGCCCCAAGUAUUAGCAGCAGGAUCCAGCCCCAGAUCUGGAUCCACUGGCUCACUCUUCACCUGAAGCCUCAACCUCACCCUCACCUCCUUGCUUGUCGCUUGUGGCUUCUCUGCAAGCAAACACUUCUAGAACAGUUGAAGCAUCACAUGGCAUUGGAAUGAAGUCUCUCAGUUUAAUGAGCUUUGAGCUGAUUAUCUUCCUCCUGCCAAUGCAAAGCACACUGUCUGCUGUGAACAGUUUCUUUCUUGCUCUGCUGCUUCAAUCUACAGCAAGACAAUAAAAAAUUUUAUUUCAAGCCUACCUGACAGUUCUGG